AUGGGUAAUAUUGUUUCGUCUAACAGUAACAAUUCAAAUAUCGAAUAGCCAAAUAGAAGGAAACCAAGAAUAUUUGGGGAAAAAGAAAACAAUGAACCAAGAAGCUUAAUCAAAUUUAAAUAAGAAGAUUAAUCUGAUGCUGAAUCAGAAAUAGUUCCAAUUCAAAUUCCUGAGAUCUCACAUGAAAUGACUCCAUAAAAAUAAGAAGAUAUUUAUAAAGUGAUAAUUCCUUCUCCAAGAAGUGAUUUAGGAUCAGAGAUUGAAUAAUUAUGGAAUAAAGCAGUUCAAGAGUAAUCUUGUUAAUUGGCAAAAAAAAUUAUAACUACUUAUUUGGAAGAUGGAACAAUGUAUAAUGGAGAAUGGUUCAAAGGUACAAUGCACGGUAAUGGAACAUUAAGUAGAGAAGGACUUUUACUAUAUGAGGGUGAAUGGAAACUUGGAAAAAAGAGUGGAAAUGGAGUUGAAUAUUACACAAGAAGAACUUAUGAUAAAAUUAUACCAGCAUGUUAGAUAUCUGAUAAACAAUACUGGAAGGUUUAUAAUGGUACAUUUGAAGAUGAUAAAAUUCAUGGGGAAGGUAUUUUGGAAUUAAUUAAUGGUUCUUGUGUUUUUGGAGAAUUUGCAAAUGGAUAAUUACAUGGAUAGUUGACAUAUGAAUGCAUAAUAAGUAAAUAAAUAGUAAAGGGAAUUUGGAAUUAAGGAUAGUAUUUUAAAUUAUGAUUAAAAUUUAUAUUAAAAGUCUCUACAGAUUCUCAUCAUAAACCAAGUGUCUUUAUAAAAUAUUGAAUGUUUCAACUGAUGCUUCUUAGGAAGAUAUUAAAGCAUCCUUCUUUGAAUUGGCUAAAAAAUAUCAUCCAGAUUCAAAUCCAGAAACUUCAAUUGAUCCAGAGAAAUUCAGAGAAAUCUAAUCAGCUUAUUCAACAUUGUCCAAUCCAGAAAAAAGGAAAUAUUAUGAUUAAGAAAAUGGUAUUUAUUAUUAUUAUCAUCUUAAGGGAUAAUUGGACAAUCGUUUUAAGGGAAUCCUACUUUUGGAGAGUAAGAAGAUGUAUACUAAAAAUGGGCAAGAGUGAAUAGAGAACAUAUAAAAUAAAAUGAAGGUUUGAAACAAAAAUCUUACUAUUAUAGCCGAAUAUUCAGAUUAUUUUGAAAAAUAGUAUUUCAGAAAUCCUGACUACUUUAAACACAAGGUAGAUGAGGACAGUCCUUGGAACAUGUCUUACAAUCUAUACAAAAAGCAUUAUGAAAUUAAAAAAUAAAAGUCAGAGUAUGUUCUACAUGUUCCUACAUAAACCACAUCUUAUUGGGAAAAAAAAUCAGAUUUUUAGGAGUAAUUAUAAUUUUUAAUUUAUAAGGAGAACUAUAGAGUAAAAAGUUGAAGAUUUAAAAAAAGGUAAAUCAUUAUUCAUUGGUUUAUUUGUAACCAUGAUCAUAGGAGGAAUCUAUUAUGUCUAUUAAGAUUAAAAUUAAAAUAAAUAAAGAGUAUCUUAAACAAGUAAAGUAAAAGAGGGAUCAGGAUAUAAAGUAAAAGCUCUUCCUUUGAAUAUUGCUUGA